AUGUACCAGGCGGAGAAGGUUCUCGACGAGGUGGUUGACCGAAGAGCUGGAACGAGCUUCAAACAGAUUGCAGGGUUGGAGGGCACCAAGCAAGUUCUUCAGGAAGCAUUGGUCUUUCCUUCCCUUCGACCGGAUCUCUUCAAGGGCAUCCGAGCUCCUCCAAGAGGGGUUCUUCUCUUCGGCCCUCCCGGGAAUGGGAAGACGUUGCUGGCCAAGGCUGUUGCCAGUGAAAUGAACUGUACAUUCUUUCACCUGUCCACCUCCUUGAUUCGACAGAAGUAUGUUGGAGAUUCGGAGAAGGUUGUUAGAACCGUUUUUACGCUGGCAGAGCACAUGCAGCCUUCCGUCAUAUUCUUUGACGAAGUAGAUGGUAUCUUCCUGGCAAGAAGGGAAAAUGAUGCAUCGUGGGUCAGAAGCCUGCAAAGUGAAUUACUCACUCGGAUGGAUGGAUUGGAAACAAACCACGACGGUCGGUUGCUUGUGAUCGCAGCUACAAACCGACCACAGGAGCUUGACGAGGCUGCCAUCCGUCGCUUCACUAGGAGGUUUUAUAUCCCGCUACCAGACAUGGAGGCUCGCUUGGAGAUCAUGAACAGAUCGCUGCAGAAGGCUGAAGUCGUGGGGCAGGAUUUGGAGGUGGACCUGAAAGAGACAAACCUCCAACAAGUAGCAGAGAAGAUGGAAGGGUACACCGGCAGUGACGUCACGGUGCUGUGCAAGGAGGCAGCGAUGGGGCCGAUCAGAGAUCUGUUUGCGCGGGGCUCUGAGCAGGCGUUGAGAGAGGAAGCACGAGCCAUCACUGCUUGCGACUUUGAAUAUGCAUUCAAACGAACCCGUCCAAGUGUGUCCAAGAAGUUCCUUCAGGUGAUCAUCCCUUCCUUACGCAAGCUUUAG